AUGAGUGAAGAAUUAAAAGACACUUUUGAUGGUUAUUUAAUGUUUGACUUUUCUAAUUUUCAUGGUUUGAUGGCUUAAACAUUUGACAAUGAAGAGAUUGACAUUCCAAGAGUAGAGAAACAACCAAAAAGAAAAGCAUAUAACAUUCCUGGUCCUUAUCUAGAUAGUCCUCCAAUUGAAUUUGAACGUAAAAAAAUCAGUUAAGUAAGGCAGCGGUGAUUGCAGUGAAGGAAUUUUAUUCAAUGGACAACUUGGUGAAGAUGACAUUCCAGAAGUGAAUCUAGAUGAAGAUUGCUUAUCAAAUUUCAAUUAUUCCACUUCAGGGUUCAAUUUGUUAGCGAACCUAGAUUUUGAACCUGAUGAAGAUGCUUAUGAUAAUGCUAUUAAUGCUACAAGUGAACCAAACUCUUUACAUCAUCGAAAUUCUAAAAUAUCAAGAACCAAAAAAAUAUCAAUAUUUUCUCCUACCCUACAAUUUGAUGACAAUGUUGAUCAAAAAAUAUAGAUGAUAACUUUGCAGAAUAUGGAAUUAUUAAAAAAAGAAGAUCAUUAUGACAUAGAUGAUUUCUAUAAAUUUCUUACAUCCUUGGAUUUCCUCAAUGUUUCUAAUUAGAAGCAUAAUGAUGAUUUGAUGAAAGUAGAUCAAUUAUUUCAUUUGGUUUAAAUCAGAUAAUUUUUUGAUAAAAUGGUAGUGAUCUUAUUUUAAAAGACUGAUCAAUCACAUUCUAUUAGUUAUACUUCUAAACUGGACUCAUUUAAAGAGAAAAUGGAUCACUUUAUCAACUUAGUCUAAUAUAUGGUUGAUGAUGGAACAUACAGACAGAAAUCUCUGAGAGAUUAGCAUGUCUUUAAAAAAGAUUAUACUCUAACAAUGUCAGUAGCGUUUUUUAAGGGAUUAGAAAUAAUCUCCUUGUAUAAAUCAUUGUUAAUGCAAAAGAAUAUGCAAGAUAGAUUAAAAAGGGUACUUACUAUAAUAUUUAUUAUAGUAUACAACAGCAAAGAAGAAUCUACAUUCAUAUUGGAGAUUGUGGGGACUUAUUAAAGAGUUUGAGAUUUCAUUUGUUUAGAAAAAUAUUUAAAAAUCCCCCAAUCUAACAAAUUCUACUUUAGGAAAUUAAAAAGAAUCUGUUGAAUUAGCUAUUCUAGAUCCUCAUGCAAAAAUUUAAAUAGCAAGAAAUAAAGAUAAUAAUAAUAAAAUAUCAUUGUAAGGCUUCGAUAAAUAUCUGAAUAAACCUUCUUUAAAAAAUACUAAUUAUUGCUUUGCAGGAAAAUGGAAUCAGAAAAAACUCCAAACAAGUCAAUAUUCAAUCUAUUAUUCGAAUAGUUAAACAGACUAAUUGGAUUAUUGA